AUAGGUAAAGGAAUCUGCCAAAUUCGAUAAAGUUACGUGAAAGUUGAAAAGUGUCAACGUUUUAUUCAAAGGUUACUAUCUAGACCUUUCAAUUGACGUUCAUCAAUGGCGGAGCCUCAUACGCAGGAAGAGCAUUUCGACGUCCUAACCAAAACUGGAGAGAAAACUGGAUUUUCCAAACCCAGGGGAGAUGUUCAUAGAGAUGGGGACUACCAUCGGGCUGUUCAUAUGUGGAUUUUUGCUGAAAGUACACAAGAAUUACUUCUCCAACUACGUGCUGACUGCAAGGAUUCAUGGCCUGGGUUGUGGGAUAUAUCCAGUGCCGGUCACAUAUCUGCUGGCGAUUCAUCACUUGAGACAGCUAGGAGAGAGCUUCAAGAAGAGCUUGGCGUUAUUCUUCCAAAUGAUGCAUUUGAAUUGAUAUUCAUUUUUCUCCAUGAGACCAUCACAAAUGGUGGACAAUUUAUCAAUAAUGAAUUUGAGGACGUGUAUUUGGUAACAACAUUGGAUCCAAUCCCUUUGGAGGCUUUUACUCUUCAGGAAUCAGAAGUGUCUGCUGUUAAAUAUAUACAUUAUCUGGAGUAUAAAAACUUACUUGCAAAUGAAGAUCCUGAGUAUGUCCCAUAUGAUGUAAAUGCGCAACAAUAUGGUCAACUUUUUGACAUAAUUGCACGAAGGUACAAAGUUGACAAUGUGGCACGGAGUUUGACUCUACAAAAGCAAUUGCAACGCUAUGCUUCUGUUUCACUCAAUGUUGAGGAACUUAGAAAAAUAUACAGUGAUUCGUUGAAGAAAUUCAUUCCUUAUGUUGACCGGUUGGUAGGGCUUACAGAUGCAGAUAAAGGGGCUCUGGAUUUACUAAUCAAGGCUGCGGCAAUUAUGGAUGAAAUAUUCUACCUGCAGGUUUGGUACAGUAAUCCAUAUUUAAGAGAUUGGUUGGAGAAGCAUGCUGCUGCAUCACAGUUGGACAAACUGAAGUGGGCCUAUUAUCUGAUUAAUAAGACUCCAUGGUCAUGCCUUGAUGAAAAUGAGGCAUAUCUGACUACUGCAGAUUCAGCAAUAAAGUUGCUUUCUGAAGCCACUAGGCCAGUUAAUGGUUGGAAGGGUCUGGAAUAUAAAGCGGCAUUUCCAUCUCAGAAACCUCCUGGUGCAAACUUCUACCCUCCUGACAUGGACAAGAUGGAAUUCAUACGAUGGAAGGACAGUCUGACGGAGGACCAGCAAAAUGUUGUUGCAGGAUUCUUCAGCGUCAUUAGAAGACAUAGUGAAUCUAGUUCAGAUUUGUCUAUUGGCAGUAGUGGUCUUGGUAGCAUAAAUCGUUUGGAGGGUUCUACAUAUAAUUUGUAUAAUGUACCUUUUUCCCAAGAAUAUAAUUCUUUUCUAUCAGAAGCUGCUGAGUUAUUACAUAAAGCAGGAGAUAUAACUAGCUCUCCCAGUUUGCAGAGGUUACUGCAUAGCAAGGCUGACGCAUUCCUCUCAAAUGAUUACUAUGAAUCAGAUAUAGCAUGGAUGGAAUUGGAUUCUAAGCUGGAUGUAACCAUUGGUCCGUAUGAGACCUAUGAAGAUACACUUUUUGGGUAUAAGGCUACAUUUGAAGCUUUCAUUGGAAUUCGGGAUGAUAAAGGAACUGCUCAAGUAAAAUUUUUUGGUGAUAAUUUGCAGGUCUUGGAACAAAAUCUUCCUAUGGACAAUGCAUACAAAUCAAAAGAUGUUAGUGCUGCUCCCAUUCGUGUUGUUCAGCUUCUCUACAAUGCUGGGGAUGUAAAGGGUCCUCAGACUGUUGCUUUCAAUUUGCCAAAUGACGAGCGAAUUGUAAAAGACCGAGGAACAUCAAUGGUUAUGCUUAAGAAUGUUUCAGAGGCCAAGUUCAAGCAUAUUCUUCAGCCUAUUGCUGAUGUUUGUAUUACAAAUGAGCAACGUGAAUUUGUGGAUUUCGAUUCAUUCUUUACUCAUACAAUUUUCCAUGAGUGUUGCCACGGUAUUGGGCCUCAUACCAUUACUCUUCCGAAUGGUAAAAAAUCUACCGUGAGAUUGGAACUGCAAGAACUCCACUCAGCUUUGGAGGAGGCAAAAGCAGACAUUGUAGGCCUUUGGGCACUGAGGUUCCUUACCCUCCAGGGCCUGCUACCAGGAGCUUCAUUGAAGUCCGUGUAUGCUACUUUCCUUGCAGGAUGCUUCCGGUCCGUACGAUUCGGCUUAUCAGAGGCUCAUGGAAAAGGACAGGCAUUGCAGUUCAAUUGGCUAUACGAGAAAGAAGCCUUCGUUUUAAAUCCAGAUGAAACUUUUUCUGUUAAUUUUGACAAGGUGGAAGAUGCAGUUGAAAGCCUGAGUAGGGAGAUACUAACCAUUCAGGCAAGAGGUGAUAAGGAAUCAGCAAAACUGCUUCUUCAGAAAUACGGUGUCAUGUCAGAACCAUUGAAUUUAGCAUUGCAUAAUUUAGAACGAAUCCAGGUACCUGUGGAUAUAGCUCCUGAAUUUCCAAUUGCCAAAGAAAUAUUGGGGAAGAAGCAAUUUGGAAUAUGAUGAUUGUUGUGGUUUGUAAUAAUAAAUUGCAUGUAUCUGCCAUCUUUGUGGACUAACUAGGGAUGUCCAAAUAAUCCGACAACCCGAGCAAUCUGGACUACCCAAACAAAAAUGUAAAGGUUAAGUUGGGUCGUGUGUUGGCUAAAAAAAAUUGGUUUGAUUUAACCCAAUUUGAAUUUUAUCUAUUUAAUAAAAAAAAUAUAUUUAUUUCUUUUAUUUGAAA